AUAUUUUUCAAUAUAUUAUAGAGUAUAAAAUAGAUUAUAGAUUUCAAUUUUCAACAAGUCUUUUUCAAAUAGAAGACACCAGAUCCGAGGCACCGAACUCCACAAGCUUGGAUUCGGACAAUCCAGAACUUGCCAAACGGAAGGAACCGCACAGUACGUAACUGCAGACACCGCGCCAAAAUUCUCAACCGUCAAAACGAACCACUCAUCAUGAACACUCUCCACCGCCACCACCUCCUCCGCCGCUGAUCACCGCCGCAGCUGCUAUGACCCUGGCGUCCAGACAGGCCGUAUUCCUCCUCCCACCUUCGUCUCUCCACCGACAUGGCAUACCGCCAUGCCAGCACCGCCGUGCAUGGAAGCGCCGCCGUCUCAAGCCCCCCACCGUCCACAGCGAGUUCAAUCCCGCGCCACCGCCUCUCGAUAAUUUCUUCCAAGGCUUGCUCUCCCAGCUCCCCUCUGUUAAUUCGCUUGAUUUAAUCGCCCCGGCAGUCGGCUUCACCUCCGGCAUCGCUUUAUUUCUAUCUUCUAAAACCCCUAAAUUGCUUCCUAGCCCUACAUCGAGUUCUGAUAUUGGGGAAUGGAUCCUGUUCACCAGUCCGACGCCGUUUAAUCGGUUCGUGACGUUGCGGUGUCCGUCUAUUGAUUUCCCUGAGAACGAAUUAAUGGAAAAUGUGAGCGAGAAGCUUGUGAAAGAGGACAGGCAUUAUGUGAAACUGAACAGCGGGAGAAUAAUUCAGCCGGUCGAGAGUAGUGAUGGAAGCGAAGAUGAGAAAUUGGUGUAUCAGAGGCUCUGUGUUGGCACAGAGGAUGGCGGAGUCCUCUCGUUGGAUUGGCCAGCUAACUUGGACUUGGAGGAGGAGCGAGGGUUCGAUACCACGGCGUUGAUUGUUCCAGGGACGGUGGAGGGGAGCAGCGAGAGGAAAAUUAGGGCUUUCGUGUGCGAUUGCUUGAGGAGAGGUGUUUUUCCCCUGGUCAUGAAUCCAAGAGGUUGUGCUGCCUCGCCAUUGACCACUCCACGGUUAUUUACAGCUGCUGAUAGUGAUGAUAUCUCCAUAGCUGUUCAGUUCAUAACCAAGAGAAGGCCGUGGACAACAUUAAUGGCAGUUGGCUGGGAGUAUGGUGCAAACAUGUUGACGAAGUACUUGGCAGAACUUGGAGAGCGAACACCUCUUACAGCUGCAAUAUGCAUAGACAAUCCUUUUGACUUAGAGGAAGCCACAAGGUCCUCUGUCUACCAUCCAGAUUAUGAUCAGAGGCAAACAAACGGCUUGAUUAAGAUACUUCAAUGUAACAAGGAAUUAUUUCAAGGCCGAGGUAAAGGAUUUGACGUUGAAAAAGCAUUGUCGGCCUCAUCUGUUCGGGAUUUUGAGAAAGCAAUUUCUAUGGUUUCUUAUGGAUUUGAUACCAUUGAAGACUUCUAUGCAAAAUCAAGCACACGAGAUGUGAUCAACAAAGUGAAAGUUCCUGUUCUGUUUAUACAGAAUGAUGACACAAAAGUCCCAUUCUUCUCUAUCCCACGGAGUUUGAUAGCAGAGAAUCCAUAUACAAGCCUUCUUCUGUGUUCUUAUAAGCCAUCUAGAAAAAUUAUGAAUGAAAGGCAAACGUUUUCUUGGUGCCAGCACCUAGCAUUGGAGUGGCUUUCAGCUGUGGAGCUUGGACUUCUAAAAGGUCGGCAUCCACUUCUCAAAGAUGUUGAUGUCACUAUAAAUCCAUCGAAGGGUUUAGCAUUGGUAGAAGGCAGAGCUUCUCCUAAAAGGGGAGGAGUUGGUGGAGUCUUGAAUCUUACUAAUGGGGGUUCUACAAAUCCUCAAUUGGAGAUGUUAAAGGUAAAUGGUACAGCCACGAGAGCUCAAUUAGGAUCCAACAAAGAUAUAGGAGAGCUGCAUAUCAAAGGAUUGCAACUAGAGGACAACAAUGUGGGGAAACGAUCUGAUGCUGCUGUCAACCCAACCACAGAGGGAGUAAACUCUUCUGAAGUUGAAAGAGGACAAGUACUACAGACUGCAGAAGUGAUCAUGAACAUGCUUGAUGUUACUAUGCCCGAAACUCUGUCAGAUGAACAGAAGAAAAAGGUUUUUAAUGCGGUGGGUAAAGGAGAAACCGUAAUGAAAGCUUUGCAAGAUGCUGUUCCUGAUGAUGUUAGAGGAAAGCUCACAACUGCUGUUUCGGGUAUUCUGCAGAGUCGAGGAUCUGAUUUAAAUUUUGAUAAAUUAUUAAAGCUAGGACGUAAUAGUAAGGAGGCACCAAAAUUAGACCCGAAGGUACUUGAAAAAGCAAUUCUUGGUGAAGAUGUCCAGUCUUUGGACCAAAAGAAGAGGACUAAUGGCUUUGAAGAUGGUUCCUCUAGUGUCGACCAUAGCCCUGACAUGUCUCCUAAGGAUAUGGAAUCAGAUGAACAGGCAUCAAAGAUUUCAGAGAAAGAGAGUGACCCCAUUCCUGAUUUGGGUAAGGGGUCCCAUGAUGAGAUGGGAAAUUCUAAUGAGUCUCGUGAUAAUACAGUCGAAAUUUCUGAUAGGGAAAUUAUGGCAGAAGUAAAUCCAAAACAAGAUUCUUCCAGCUUGUUUGAUGGGCCUGAUGGAGCAGGGGAUAUUCUUGAUCAAAAAAAAUUGGAAGGCGAAACUUGUAAAGGUCAAUCAGACCCAACAAUCGAAAAUAAUGAGCCGAAAAGUGACGUUUCAAAUGAUCAUAAAUCUGAACCCUCUAACACAGAGGAAAAAUCUUCAGCUCCAUCCCCCACUUCUGAGACACCUGUUAUGGAAAAUGAAGCAGAAAACAGUCAGGGGAAGGAAGAAAAAGAUCCAAUAUCUGCUUUAAGCCCAAAUAUGAGUGAUGCAUCAACCUUCAGUGUCUCUCGGGCAUUUGAUGCAUUAACAGGAUUUGAUGAUUCGACCCAAGUUGCCGUUAAUAAUGUAUUCAAUGUAAUUGAGGGCAUGAUUGAUCAGUUGGAGGAGAAAAAGGACAAUGUGGUAGAUGAAGUCAAGAACACAAAAACUAAAAGUGAAGUUAAUGGAGUAGAUGAGGUGAAGGAAUUUAGUGAAGGCUCCGUGUCUAAGAAUCAUCUGCCACAGGAUGACCCCAGAUCUUCAGGGACAAGUGAUGUCAAUGAAAGCCUGCAGUCUGGCAAUUCAGAUGGUUCUACUUUGCAAGAUAAAGAAUACUCUGGGGACAUACAUGAAGGACAGCAUCAUGAACAUGGUGCAUACAACCAUAAUAGUACUGAUAUAACUAAUACAAGGAGCCAGGUUAAGACCGAAAGUGAAAUCAGUCUUUUGCCUGCAUCCGGAGAACUUCCAACUGAAAAUUUUGUGACAGAUUUGAAUAGGAAUUCAGAAAGGAUUCCUAUAGUUUUAACUAAAUUUCCAUAUGGUGAUCCACUUUACAUAGAGUGCCUCAAGACAUAUCUUUCUUUGAAGAUGAAAAGCGCAAAGCCUCUAGGUGUGAAUAAACCAGCAUUAUAUUUAGACUACAUCGCUGAAGAAGGUCAGUGGAAGAUUUUAGAGCAAACUGAAACUGAUACUGAUUACAGAGAAGAUAAGACUGACAGCCGACCACGAUCUAAGAGUAGUGAUAAUACUAUUGAACCAUCUUACGUGAUACUAGAUUCUGGUCAAUCCGAGGACCCAAAUGAAGAACUUGGGAAGGGUACUGUCAGCAACAAUGCUGAAUUCGAUGAGGCCAAAUUUGAUGGUUCCACGCCUCUCAUCAAAAGUCUCAUAUUGGAAUGUUUAGAAGUUGAAGUUGGACGUAGAGUCAGUGCUUUUGAUCUGGAAGAUCUGGAACUCAAACUUGCUAGAGAAAUGGAGUAUGUUGCCAAUGCUGUAUCUAUGGUAGCAGGGAAAGGCAUGCAUCAUAUGGAUAAGUGGAACGAUAACCUUCUAGGGAAACUUGGCAUUCUUGAUGGAGAGAACGUAGUAAGAGCUAUUUCAUCUGCUGUUGAGGACACAGAAUAUUUGAGAACAGUAUUGCCAAUUGGUGUUAUCGUAGGGUCUAGUUUAGCUGCACUGAGAAAGUUCUUUGAUGUGGCAGCAGUGAAUAGUGAUGAUGAACAGAAUUUGGCUAUUGAUCAGGUUGAUAAACCAACAGAGAGGCUUCUUCCAGUUGGUGAAAAGGAGGGUAGGCAAAGGCCCUUAAGGGAAAAACAAAAUAGAGAUAAAUUCACCAGUUAUAUCGAUGAAGAAACUGAUGUUGAUGAUGAUGGUGAUAUUGAUCUUGGAAAUUCUAAAGUUAUAAUGGGUGCUGUUACAGCUGCUCUGGGGGCAUCUGCUUUAAUUGCUCAUCAGCAUGAAUCCCUGAAUGAGGAAGAACAGAGCAGAGGAUCUUUCAAGCCUGAGGAAAUGCAUGAGAAAACCCACAACAAUAUAGUGACGAGCCUUGCGGAGAAAGCAAUGUCUGUUGCUAGUCCCGUGGUGCCUAUGAAGGAAGAUGGUGGAGUUGAUCAUGAUAGGAUUGUAUCCAUGCUUGCUGAACUGGGACAGAGGGGAGGUAUGUUAAGGCUUAUUGGAAAAGUUGCUUUACUUUGGGGUGGAAUACGUGGGGCUAUGAGUUUAAUUGACAAGCUCAUCUCAUUUCUGCGCCUUUCAGAGCGUCCAUUGCUACAAAGGAUCCUUGGCUUUGUCUUUAUGGUGCUGCUUCUAUGGUCACCUGUUGUUCUUCCUCUGCUUCCAACACUCAUUCAAAGCUGGGCAACAAAUAACCCCUUUAAAAUUGUCGAGUUUGCUUGCAUUGCUGGCCUCUAUAUCUCCACUAUGGGCAUGAUUACACUUUGGGGCAGAAGAGUUCGCAAGUAUGACGAUCCUCUUAUGCAAUAUGGGUUUGAUUUGGCUUCACUGCCAAAGUUGCAGAAUUUUCUGAAGGGUCUGGCUGGUGGAGCCGUCCUUGUUACACUGAUACAUACUGUCAACACAUCACUUGGUUGUGGAUAUCUGCAUUGGCCAACCACUCUGUCUUUGGUAUCUUCAGAUCCUGUUGCAUCAGUGAAAGCAUAUGGACAGAUGCUUCUGCUGAUUGUUAGAGGGGUUGCAACAGCGACUGUCAUUGCAGCUGUGGAGGAAUUGCUCUUCCGGUCAUGGUUGCCCCAAGAAAUUGCCGCUGACUUUGGAUUUCACCGUGGAGUACUUAUCUCAGGACUUUUGUUUGCUUUAUCUCAAAGGUCAAUAUUGGAGAUUCCCGGGCUAUGGUUGUUAUCCAUAUGUCUAUCAGGAACUCGGCAAAGAAGUCAAGGAAGCCUCUCACUACCAAUUGGGCUCCGUGCAGGGAUAGUGGCUUCUAAUUUCAUCCUAAGAACUGGUGGUUUCCUCUCAUAUCGAUCUACUUUUCCUCUAUGGAUCGCCGGAGUCCGCCCUUUUAAACCAUUUAGCGGAGUUGUCGGCUUCGCCUUCGCAUUGGUUUUGGUAGCUAUUUUCUAUCCUAAACAGCCACUUCAUAAGGAAACAGAAACCAGACACAUCAAAGAGUAAAUCUCCUCUCACUUUUUGCUCACGCACAAGCAAUCUUUCAAAUGCAUGCUGCUCCCAAAGUGCCGGGCCAGCAAAUGAAGCUGAAUACUGCUCAAACGCAGUGAAGACGAUACUGCUUCAUACUUUCUCGCAGCACUCGUAAAAUUGUUGGAAUCUGUAGCUGGGAUGAUUGCAGUUGUAUGUUCGACCAGUUUUGAGCAGGAAAGGGUACGUGAAACGUCGUUCCCACGAUAUAUACUUGUAUAAGUACGUAAAUUUCUAUUAGUUUAUACAUGCUAUACACACCCUUCUUUAGCUAGUUUUGGAAGGCCAGAAAAAAUUGUGCUUUUUUGUCAUAUAUGCAUAGGCUAGCUAGGGAUCUUCUUUUCUGGUAAAUUCUUCACUGUAAUAGAAAUUGUAAUUACAUCAACAAUUGUAUGUUUUUACAAACCAAGCAAUGAAGAGGGAGAAGUGUUGGCUAGCUUAUAA